AUGAGUUUAUGGCAGGUGUGCUCCCUGCAGGUGUCCAGCUUGCUGCUUCCCGUCGUGUCUUGUAAACUUGCAAAAUGUUUCCAACUCGAGGAAGGAACCAAACGGGGCCCAUGUAUGUAUUGGGCUCAUGCUUGCCUUCCCGUCCAGAUGAUACCUGCCUACCUUAGGUACCGUACCUAUGCUAAGUCCCUAUGUAUCUGCCCAAUGAGCCUAAGGCCUGGGAUUAGGUAG